UUUUUUUUUCCUCAUUUUUCAAGCUCUUAUCUUUAAUUAAUUCAAAAAUCGCCAUUGUCGAGCAUUUUCAAAGCUAAUGCUCUAAUAUCUAAUCACAGUUGACAGCAGAAAGUUUUGUAUAUAGCUCUGGGGAGGGUGUUUAUAAUAACGGACCAAUGAGGGGACGACACGUCGAUGCUUACACCAUGUACAAGCGUGGUACCAGAGACUAUAUCAUCAGUGCCUAUGACAAAGAACAAGUACGUUUGCUGAAUGGAGUGGGCAAAGACAUUGGCAACCCUUCUUGGAAGCGUUCAUUCCCUCAUAUACUCGUGGCAACCAUAUCUUCCUUCUUAUUUGGUUACCAUCUUGGAGUAGUUAAUGAAACGCUAGAAAGUAUUUCACUUGACCUUGGUUUUCAUGGGAAUACCAUGGCUGAAGGUCUGGUUGUGAGUACAUGUUUAGGGGGUGCCUUUGUCGGAUCACUGUUCAGUGGCUGGAUUGCAGAUGGGGUUGGGCGUCGCAAGGUAUUCCAGCUAUGCGCUUUGUCUAUGAUAAUUGGGUCUUCAAUGAGUGCAACAGCAAAAAACCUAUGGGGCAUGCUUCUAGGGAGGUUAUUUGUUGGGACUGGAAUGGGUAUUGGCCCACCUGUUGCAGCUCUUUACGUGACAGAGGUUUCUCCAGCUUAUGUAAGAGGUACAUAUGGAAGCUGCACUCAAAUUGCAACAUGCCUGGGAUUGAUGGGUGCUCUAUUUAUUGGAUUUCCUGCUAAGGAAACCGAGGAUUGGUGGCGCAUAUGUUUCUGGGUAUCUACUGUUCCUGCUGCUAUACUUGCUCUUUUUAUGAAGUAUUCUGCAGAGAGUCCCCAUUGGCUUUUCAAGAGAGGAAGAGGUGCUGAUGCUGAAGCUGAGUUUGAGAAACUUUUGGGAGGACCAUAUGUCAAAGGUGCAAUGGCUGAAUUGUCAAAGUCAGAGAGAGGGGAUGAGGCAGAUGCUGUCAAGUUCUCAGAGCUACUUUAUGGCCGUCAUCGUAAAGUUGUUUUCAUUGGGUCUACCCUUUUUGCUUUACAACAGCUCUCUGGUAUAAAUGCUGUUUUCUAUUUCUCGUCGACUGUCUUUAAAAAUGCUGGUGUACCCUCAGAGUCUGCAAACAUAUGCGUGGGAAUUGCCAAUUUGUUAGGAUCAUUUGUUGCAAUGCUUUUGAUGGAUAAACUGGGAAGGAAGGUACUUCUUAUUGCAAGUUUUUCAGGCAUGGUAGUGGCAAUGGGUCUUCGGGCAACUUCAGCUAGUUCCUUAGUCUCAAGCAGCAAUGAAGUGUAUCUCUCUGUUGGAGGCAUGCUGUUGUUUGUGUUGACCUUUGCUAUUGGCGCUGGACCCGUCCCUGGUCUCCUCCUGUCAGAAAUGUUUCCAGGUCGGAUUAGGGCAAAGGCAAUGUCAAUUUGUAUGGCUGUCCAUUGGGUGAUAAAUUUCUUCGUUGGUCUGUUGUUUUUGCGGUUACUGGAGCAGAUAGGACCAUUAAUCCUGAAUACAAUUUUUGCCACAUUUUGUUUUCUGGCAGUAAUUUUUGUAAAGAAAAAUGUGUUGGAAACUAAAGGAAAAUCACUUCAAGAGAUUGAAAUUGCUCUUCUUCCACCAGAACCAGAAUAGAGGGAGCUGCUGAAAAUUUAAGCAUUUAUAUGCACCCAUGUCUCAUGCAUCUAAUUCUGCCUGAAUACCAAUCCAAAGAUACAGACUUUGCUAAAUGAUAUCAUAGAUGGAGUAAUGGAAUGAACACAUUCAUCAGGUGCUCACUCUCCGAGGCCCAUGUAUAUUCUAAGUGCAUUUCUUUUUUCUUUUUUCUUUUUCUUGAAUACUGGGUGAGCAAUUUUCCUGCUGGAAAUAUUACUGUAGCAUAUACGUACAACAUGGGUUUUCACUUGGAAUAUUAUAUCGUUGAGCUUCAAUGUAUGUUGUUAAUCCGUGAUAGAAGCUCACUUUUGAGUUGCGUACUGAUCUGAUGUUUUGUUGUUAAUGGAUUUUGCUUAGAUUUAUACUGAAUACUGA